AUGCCCCAGACACUGAGUGCCUUCAACAUGGUCACCCCAGGCAACCCCAGCCCACCCUGCACCAAGCCCAUGGACGAUGAGCAGGGCAAGCAGCCCAUCCUGGAUGGGGCUCCAUCCUCAGCCUCCCUGUACACCCUGAUGCAGUACCUGGUGCCCACGGCCAACUACUACCCCAAGAAAGCCUACAUCUUCACCUUCCUGCUGAGCUCCCACCUCUUCAUUGAGCCGGAGCUCCUGGCCCGGGUCUGCCACCUGUAUAUUGAGCAGCAGCAGCAGGACAAGCCAGUGCUGGACAAGGCCCAGGUCCAGAAGUUUGGCCCCAAACUGCUCUAGCUGUUGGCGGAGUAGGAGACCUUCUCACAGGACUUCCAGGAGGAGUCGACCAUCUGGAACAUAAAGGACAUGGUAGGCUGCAUCGCCCCCUGUGGUGAGGCAUACAGAAGGAGGAUGCACCAGUUCCUGUAGGCUUGGCUGGGUGCCGCCAAGCCCAUCUCCUACAGGACCAAGCCACCAGCCUCCAUCCAUAGGGAGCUCCUCAGCAUCUGCAGUGACCCCUACAUGCUGGCCCAGCAGCUGACCCAUGUGGAGCUGCUGCGACACAGACACAUCGGGUCUGAGGAAUUUGUCCAGGCUUUUGUGAACAAGGACUCUCUGGCCAGUACAAACCCCUGUUUCAGUGAUAAAACCAAGAACCUGGAAGCUUAUGUGAAAUAGUUCAACAGAUUGUGCUACCUCAUGGCGACUGAGAUUUGUAUACCGUUCAAGAAGAAGCAGAGGGCCCAGGUGAUCAAAUUCUUCAUUGACAUGCCCCCUGAGUGCUUCAACAUUGGCAACUUCAGCUCCCUCAUGGCCAUCACAUCUGGCAUGAACAUGAGCCCUGUGUCCAGGCUGAAGAAGACAUGGGCCAAAGUAAAGACAGACAAGUUUUUCAUCCUAGAGCACCAGAUGGAUCCAACAGGAAAUUUCUGCAACUACAGGACAGCCCUCUGUGGGGCCACCCACCACUCCCUGACUGCCCACAAAAGCUGGAAAAAGAAAUUUCUGGAGUGUCCCUUGGAACAAGACUGCAACAUCACCCACUACCACACUGCCCCCAUCUUCAGCAAGGAUGACAUGAGGAUCGGGGAGCUGGAGGAGGAGGAGGAGGAGAGAAAGUCUGAAGAAGCCCUCUGCAGUCCUGCCUAG